CCGGAUGUACGCAGUCAGUUGAGCAGCGAUGAAGAUGACGGGGGAAAACAGUUCUGGAAAGUCUGAAAUAACAAUGGAGGAUGUUAAAAACCUUGUUAAAAAGAAAGACGAGCUUGAAGAGCAGAUAAAAGCUUAUUACGAUGUUUUGGAAGACCAAGGUGUCGGAGUGCAAGGCCCCUUGGUGGACGAUGAGGGUUACCCCAGAGCUGAUGUUAAUGUUUACCAGAUCAGGACAGCAAGACACAAUAUUUCAUGCCUGCAGAACGACCACAAGGCCAUCAUGGUGGAGAUAGAAGAAGCCCUGCACAAGCUGCAUGCUCGUGAGAAAGCCAAGCGGGAACAGGAUGAGACAGAAGCCAUGGGCGAGGCGAUGGAGCAGCAGGUCACUCUUCCGCCGCCAUUUGCACGGGUGGAUGCUGUGACACAGGGCUCACCGGCCUGUGGAGCUGGGCUCAGAGUUGGUGAUGAAGUCAUUGAGUUUGGUUCUGUGAACACGGAGAACUUUCAGAACCUCCAGAAUAUUGCUUCUGUGGUACAACACAGUGAAGGGAAACCAUUACGUGUCACAGUCGUCCGGGAUGGCCAGAAAGCUCAAAUGAGCCUGACUCCACAGCGAUGGUCAGGCAGAGGUCUGCUCGGAUGUAACAUUGUUCCAAUCUGUCGGUGAUUGCCAUGACAUGAAACCCCUUCCUCUACAUGUUGCCCCUGGACCACUUCAAACUGAAUUUGUAAAUACUGCAGACAUUUCCAUCUGUUUGUUUUUUCAAUAUCUUAAUCAGAAACUGAACUUUCCUUCAUACAGGAUGUAAACAUUGCUACCUUAUACUAUACAUUAAGAGUUGAGAGAAUAUAAAUGACAGAAAUGUGGAGUAGCUGUUGAACUAUAUUGCAGUGAUCUGAAGUGACACUAAAAAGCAACAACAAGAGACUUUGGAAAAUAAUUAUUUUGCUACUACCAUCAAUAAAUGCUUAUUUUCAGUAAUGAUGAA